UUUAAAAUUCGGUUACACAGCACGGGGAAUUAAAAUUGUCACCCGAAACAUAACCUCAGAAAAACCACAAAUUGUGGAAAAUACGUUUCUUUGAGUAAAUACUUACAUCAGGCGGCCACUUUGUCGCAAAAUUAACACCGUAUCACUUGGUGCAACUCUAAUCACUUUGAAAAUCUGUUAUCGCAGCUGCAGGCUCCCGCAGGGUUUUUAUUUUUGUACCUGGUGUAGUUGGUACGAAGGUACAACUCGCGCCAUUUUACAAUUUUUUAAACUAGUUUUGAAAAAUUCUACUUCCGGCAAUGUUUCGUAAUUUGCGAACUAGUCCAGUCUCACCCCGUUCGUCAACCCCAUGCACCCUUCCAGCCGCCCCCCGCUGCCGUUACACGCAUAUCUACUAUCAACAUGACAUGAGUUUCACAUAUCGUACCCUUGAAAAAAGCAAGUCGUCGCCACCAACCCUCUUCCACGUUUUAUAAAAGGGGCGAAUCGCAAUGGUAGCGUAGUCUUAGGCGAGACAGCACCGGAAUGAAACCCUUUGAAAACUUAGAGGUCUACAAGUUAUGGAAACUCCUCUUCGCGUGUGCUGUCCUGUCCAGCAUGUGCAUGGACCCCCGGUUGUCUAGCAAUAUCAAAGCGACUGCAGCAAGCACGACGGACGAGUGCCAGGUGACUCCAGUAAUCCACGUUUUGCAGUACCCAGGAUGCGUGCCUAAACCCAUACCCAGUUUCGCGUGCAUCGGCCGGUGUGCGUCGUACAUUCAAGUUUCAGGCAGCAAAAUUUGGCAGAUGGAGAGGUCUUGCAUGUGUUGUCAAGAGUCGGGCGAGAGAGAGGCGUCCGUGUCGCUGUUUUGCCCCAAGGCGAAGCCCGGGGAGCGCAAAUUCAUAAAGGUCACCACGAAAGCGCCUUUAGAAUGCAUGUGCCGCCCCUGCACAGGAGUGGAGGAGAGCGCCGUAAUUCCACAAGAGAUCGCCGGAUACGCCGAUGAAGGACCUCUGUCUAACCAUUUUCUCAAGUCCCAUUCACAAUAACUCUGUUAGUUUAGUUUAAAAUAAGAUGCCUCUUUUGAUAAUUUAUUUUUGUGAAUCUGUAGAAAG